AUGGCCCCCCGGAUACAGAGCCGGAGCGUGUCCAAUCUUCUCCCCUACAUCACAACUUCUUCCUCCUCCACAUCAUCCUCUAUUCCCUCUCUAUGCUCCUCAUCACAAUCCUCCCGUUAUUUCUCUGCCACCCCGGCCCCACAGACUAAGCUUCGUCGGCAAAUGUUUGAAUGGCUUUCCACCCAAGGUUCCGGUCUCAAGCACCACACUCCUGGCGAGACCAACUACUUGAGGAUGGCGGAUGGCAGCCAGUCCAACCGACCGUUUCCGAACAACAUGACCUUUAUUAGCGAGACUGUCCUCAGCGAGGAGCUGCGAAAUGAGGUUUAUUUCCGCGUUAAGGAGCAGAAGAAGAGUCCACGUGCUGUCAGUGUCGAACUCGGCAUUGACAUGAACCGCAUUGCUGCCGUGGUACGAUUAGUUGAAUUGGAGCGGAGGCAACGAGACAAGGGUAACCCUCUAGCAUUGCCAUACGCUCGUGCUGUGCACGAAAUGGUCCCCACCACUCCCCUCGCCCAGGCCGGCGAGCGCCAAACCUACCACGAACCUAUCAAUGACCUCCCCGUCCACCCUGCCACUGGCGCCCAGAUCUUUUACCCUGUACCCGAAUCGCGACCUUUCACCCGUGUCGACGCUGGCCGCGUCUUCUCUGGUGCCCCAACACUUGAGAAGAAGGUCAGCGACAAAAUCACACACCCCUCCGACUUGGUGGAAGACGUCAUCCAGAAGCCUGGCUCUAUCGAGUGGGUUGGAAAGGGUGACAACGCCCGCCAGGUCCUGCAGCCGGCGGAUGUACGCAUCCCGCACCCGCAGCUGGUCCAACUGGCCCGUGACCGUGCCGCGUUCCCCGAAGAGCGCCGUACUGUUACCCAGCGCCACGCGGAGCGUCUGGAGCGCCAGGAGAAGGCCGAGAAAGAGCGUGCCGCUCAUGCGGCAGAGCGUCGUAACCGAAAUACCGAGACGAUUGAGCCUAUUGAUAGUCGCUUUAGCUUCCGCAUCAAGGACGCUGUCGUCAGCAAAGAGACUGUUGGCAAGAAUGGUCGUGCACCAUGGGCCCCUGGUCGGCGCUACGGUGUGCCGACUAAUGAUCGCACCCGUGGCACGGUCAAGAUCCCUACUCGCGUCAAUGUUUAG